CACCUUCCGAUGGGGCCUUGGGACGGACUGCAGAUUGCACCUUGCGGUAGCAGGCUGAUUAGCAAACGGGUUUACUACUUUGGAUUUUACCAAGGCAUGGCAGCGAGAUGUCGUCCAAGCAGUCGGGAAAAUGGGCUAAGAAGAUAUCACGUUGGUAGGGCUUCCAGAUGAUACGGCGUACACAAGAUGUAGAUAUGGGCUUCUAUGUGUCUGAAGAAAGAUUUAAGAAGGCGAGAUGCCUUCUUGCCAUUUUCUUGUUUUUCCCCUCAAUCAUCCAUUCAUCAGCUUGAAUAUACAGUGUUUCCUUCUUAAUCUGAGAUCAAACGGCUAUCAUCGAACAUGCUGAGUUCCGUGGUACGGUUCUCCGUGCUCCCAAUCGUCCUGGCAUGGCUGGUCUUGCUGGCUGGCCCUGUCAAGGCGGACAACUUUCUUGCGCACGGUUACGAGAGAAUUGAAGGGCCAGAUAAACAACAGCACAUUCUUGGGUUCAAACAGCAAAAAGGCCAGGAAUCAAGAAACAACAGAGGUUCUGGCCCGCGGAACUCGCUCAAUUACCCCGAAUUCAUCGCUAGAGCCGAUGACAGACCACUUCCACCAGAUCAUCCCGUCCUGUCUCAUCCCAACCCCCCCGGGAAUGUCCGAGAUGCCGUGGCGGAUCUGCUAAAGCACAAACUCACUGGUGAAGUGAGCGUCAACGCCCUCGACCCUUCUCUCCGAGGCAAGACUUUCAACAAACCUCCAGGAGGCAAGAAGAAGCCAGGCAGUGGGGGUGGAUCACGCAACCUUUAUGACCCCAAGGACCCUCACAGAACAUCUUUUACAGUUUUGGUAGACGGGCUUGUGAACGGACUGUUACACCACCUCGCGAAUCCCAGGAACAGGGGUAUCUUCCAGCAGAACCUUCCCUUCAUGAAAGAAGCCCUCAAGGCAGCCAUCACUCUACGCGAGGAAGCGACAAGGAUCCACCUUCUGAAGAAGUUGAGUUCGCCGGUAAAAGAUGGCGGUUUCGAUCUCGACGUCAGGCUCGAUUGGAGAGACUCCAGAGUUCCGCUCGGGUCUAGAUACCCCGAAUUCCGUAUCAGAGACACCUUCGACGCCAAUAAGGGAAAACUUAGGGGGCUUGGCUUCAAGAACGCUGAUGAUUUCGGUGACUGGAUCGUGCACUUUGGGGAUCCUAAUCAUCAGGGAAAGGUGGAAUUCGGACCCGGAGCAUUCACGCACCGCCGCCUCUUACAGUCUUGGAUGGAGGCUGACCGCAAGUUACACCUCUAG